CUGCUGGGGAAACUGUCGACUUUUGUUUUGGACGUUUCAUAAAAGAUCUUAUAUCAUCUCUGGCCAAAUCAGAAAGUUUUGAUAAGUUUAUUGUUAAAAUUGAGAUUUCAAGGGGUUUCCGAAAUACUGCAUCGUCACGUGGUUCCAUGACGAGACUGUUUCCGUGAUUCGGCUCGAAGGAUUACGAGUUUGAUUUUUAUUUAAUUACCAGAAAAAAAUAUUUGUUGGUAAAAGUGUAAAGGAUUGAUGUAUGUUUUUUGUAUUUCUUAAGUUUCUGCGUCGAGAGAAAAUGUUGAAUUAAUAAUAUACAACAUUUUAAUAGUUAUUUUUGUCAAAAGUUUUUUAAAAUGAUUUUUUGAAGGAUCUAGAGUCUACGUCUAUUAGGAAAAUGUAGGCUACUUAUAAAAGUUGAAAUUAGGAAACUGUAGGCUACUUAUAAAAGUUGAAAUUAGGAAACUGUAGGCUACUUAUAAAAGUUGAAAUUAGGAAACUGUAGGCUACUUAUAAAAGUUGAAAUUAGGAAACUGUAGGCUAUUUAUAAAAGUUGAAAUUAGGAAACUGUAGGCUACUUAUAAAAGUUGAAAUUAGGAAACUUUAGGCUACUUAUACAAGUUGAAAUUAGGAAACUGUAGGCUCUUAUAAAAGUUGAAAUUAGGAAACUGUAGGCUACUUAUAAAAGUUGAAAUUAGGAAACACUGGGCUACUUAUAAAAGUUGAAAUUAGGAAACACUAGGCUACUUAUAAAAGUUGAAAUUAGGAAACUGUAGGCUGCUUAUAAAAGUUGAAAUUAGGAAACUGUAGGCUGCUUAUAAAAGUUGAAAUAAUAUUGAUAUUUUUUUUAUUUUAUAUACCUUACAGAUCUAGACAAAGAAACAACCCAUUCAAUAUGUACGCCUUGGGACUUCUUCUUCUGUUUCCCAUCAUAUCUGCCCAAGUGGCCACGCCCCCGAGGCCGAUAGGGUUUGUCUACAACGGCGGGAAGUCCACGGCCAAAGUUCACGUCGACAUCUACAUCGACCUGGUGUGUCCAGACAGCCGAGACGCCUGGCCAGGGGUCAAGGCGGCCGCACUCCACUACGGACCGGAUCAGCUGAGACUGACGGUGCUCUUGUUCCCACUUCCUUACCACCAGAACGCCUUCUACGCGUCUCGGGUAGGUAACUCGUGGUAUCACUCUAGACGUACCAGGAUGUUGAAGUUUAAAUCUCGGUUCUUGUGUAGGGGGUGAAGUUAAUUUUUUUUUUUUUUAAUUAAUGAUUUGAAAACAAAAGCGCUUCUUGUGUGUAACCGAUAAUUUUUGAGGGCGUUCAUUUAUGUAAAUGUUCAUCUUAAAGUUUAAACUUACUGCUGUGCUCGGUUCGGUGUUCACGCGAAUAGGAUUCAAAUUUUGGUUGCCUCUCAUGGAAUGUUUCAAAUCCUCCGUUUAUAAUUGAUUGAAUUUUUAAAUAACGGGUAUAAAAAAAAAAUUUAAAAAAGCUGAAAGAAAGAAAGAUAGAACAUAUCUGCUCUACAUAAAGGUUUUUAAAUUGUAAAUUAUAUGAUCCAGUACAUUUUUUUUUCCCUCGAUUUUAAUUUGAGUGAUUUCUGAACAUUUUGUUAAAUGUGCACCAAACCUCUAAAAUGUACAUAUUUACGUACGCCUGGAAACAAUGCAACAGAGUAGAAACAAUUGGUGAAUGCAAAAAAAAAAAAAAUUUUUUAAAUAAAAUAAAAAAAUGGGACGCAUUUUUAACGAAAUUCUUUAUGCCCCCGUUCUAUCAUGGGGCGACAUAAUUAAGAUGUCGCCUAGGGCGCCGAAAAGCCUAGUUUCCGGCUCUGCAACUCACUCUACUCGUUUAAUCUAAGUAGCGAGUUUUGUUAAAAUGUUUCUCAUCAUGUGUACAUUAAAAAGGUUUCAUUCUCAAAAAGGUGUGGCUUAAAAUGAUGGCUUCGAAUUGUUGUCAAUUGCUAGCAAUGAGUAGCAACUGCAUUAAAAUAAUAUAUCCUUAAACUUAAUAUAUCCUUCUGAGUUUGUGCCCUAUUCCUCAAACUACUUGAACAUGUCUUAUCUCCAGGCAGCUUACGUGAUCCACAAGUUAUCCAAUGGCACCAAGACGUUCGACUGGAUUGAGAGGAUCCUGUCACAGCAGCUGGACGCGCUCAGAGACGUUAACUUUCACAAUAAGUCAGAUGCUGACCUCUUGGAGUAAGUAUCUGGGUGUGUUGAGGGUCAGUCUAUCCUUGUGGUCAGUGUAUUCUUGUGGCUAGUCUAUCUUUGUGGCCAGUCUAUCCUUGCGGCCAGUCUAUCCCUGUGGUCAGUCGUAUCCCUGUGACCAGUCUAUCCUGGUGGUCAGUCCAUCCUUGUGAUUAGUCUAUCCUGGUGGUCAGUCUAUCCUGGUGGUAAAUCUAUCCUGGUGGUUAGUCUAUCCUUGUGGUCAGUCUACCCUUGUGGUCAGUCUAUCUCUGCGGUCAGUCGUAAUACGUGCGACUAAGUUGUUUUAACGACAAGUGAUCUAAACACAUGGUUAAAAUAGCUUACAUGCAAAUACUAAAUACAUGAUGCCUUAACAUCUUUCACAAUCCAGACUGUUCGCCAGUCUGGUGACUGACAUGGGAUUUGAAACAGACAGAUUCAAGGAACUCACCGACAGGAGAUCACCCAAUGACUACGAGCGGUUGACGAGGGUCAUGUGGAAGUACGCCUGCACCCGUGAGUUUUUAACUACAUCCAAGUUAACCGUAGAGUGAGUUAAGGUUCAAGUUUGACUACAGAUUAAAAUAAAACAAAAAAACAAAGCGAUGGGUGAUUCGUCAAACAUCCCUAACAGGAAAAAAAAAAAAAAACCCACCAAGAAGAAAACCAUAC